UGCCAUCAUCACAUGCUUCAGCACAGAAGUAGGAUGCUUCUUCUUGUUGUUGUUAUGUAAAAUGUUUCUUAUAGUGUUAAAAGGGACUUUUUGUUGAGCAUUUCUUUGCAGGAAGAGGAGGGUGUCUGUCAGCUCUGCAGUCAGUCAGUCAUGUUGUGCCGCUGCUGCUAGUUGUUGUUCAACACAAACCCAGACUGGUGCGCAAAACUGAAAGCUGCGUGCGCUGUUAAUGCCAAGUGACGGAUAUAAGCGACGUGUGUUGCUCUCGCUCUCUCUCUCGCUCUAUCUCCUCCAGCAGCAGCAGCAGCACGAGCAGCAGCAAGCAGCGAGGUUUCACAGCCGUGCUGCCGUCGGAGGAAGAGUGGAUGGGAUAUAUCACAAACAUCCUGAGCACAAAAACACCCCGGAAAGGAGUGUUAUACCUCUUCUUCUUCUUCUUCUUCUUCUUCUUGCGAGAGUUGCUCCGUCUCGUCGAGUGGAGUAGUGGCGAAACAUCGGCGACAUUUAUUUCCUCUAUAUAGUUGCAUCGGUUAACCAGUCGGACGAGGCUUGGCUUACCUUACCUAGCCAUUUGGAAAACAAGGUGACUGGCUGGCUGACUGGCUCCUCGUACCAUUGAAAGAAUUAGACGAGAGACAGAGAGAGAGCUACGGAACGGCCCCGUGGAGAAGCAUGUGAUGACUCACGCCAGGCAGAAGGGUUCGCUCAGGCAGAGCGACGGUAACGCCGAGUGGUGGGACAGCUGCCCUCCUUGGCCACAUGGUGGCGCGAUGGGCGACGCCUGGCCCGAACGCUCACUUCGAUUCGGGAGGACCAAGAAGAUAAGUGAGAUCAUCAAACAACGGAAAGUCAUGGCCAAGAGGGUGAACGACAAAAGAGGGAGGACGGAAAAAUCAGAUCAGAACAGAAAGCUCGACCGGAGGCGCGACAAGAAACGGGACAGGAAGUUGUACCCGUUGCGCGGGAGGGCUGUCGGUUCAGACAGCGAGGGGCUCAGCUGUCGCGUCCUGCUCACCCGAUUGGAGGAAAGCAUCCGUGAACAGGACGCACGCCGACAUUUAUCCCUCAAACCCAAAAAAGGGAAGAGCGGUGAAAGAAAAGAGGCAAAGUCAUUACCAAAAACCAAAUCAAAGUCAAGCAGCCCGAGUCGUGGCGAGUGUAUUCAUGUCCCGCAACCUCGCAAGCGCAGACUGGCCUCUCUCAAUGCCGAGGCAGUGAACAGUCUACUGCUUGAAAGACCUUCUGAUCCUCAGGCGGCAGCUAAACAGGCCCGGAGGCAGGAAGAGCCCACAAAUGGAGGGAUAUCCCUGGAUGCAAAUCCAACCAGGAGUGGCGUCCCUGGAGGCCUGAAGGCUAGGCGAGGAAACAUCAGUAAAGCCUCCACGUCUCGCAAACUUGAACUGUGCCAAAGCUCUAAGCGGGUCAAGAAGGCCAAAGCCAAGCGAGCAGAGAGCGGGGGGAUGAGUCAGGAGAGCCUGGACGCCCCCGCCCCUAGACGACUGGCUGGACUCAACGCCGCAGCCCUGCUGAAGUUAACCAGCUCCUCUGCUACCAGUAAACAGAGAGUAAAGGCUGCACCCACUGCUACUAUCACGUCGGACUGCAAGGCUCCCGCUGCGGUUUCAACCCCAAAACAGCUCUCCAGGGUCAAACACAAGGGGCGCUCACAAAAGCAGAAGGGGAAAAAGGUCCCUCCGAUGCACAGCGGGUGCACAGCCUGCAAGGAGAAGGCGGACUUUGAGCCCAAAGUGGAGUGGGAGACCGGCAGCUGCACACAUCGACUCACCAAACCGGGCUACCAGUCGCGCAGCAUGCUAGCGUACCCGCUAAAGCAAGUGAAGGAGGAGCAGCUGGAGACCGAACUGAGCCCAUACUACUGCUGCCCCCCAGAGGGCUCCGUGGAGUACUGCCACCGCCUGGCCUUCUUCCUGGGCCAGCAGCCCUACGCAGAAUCUGACGAUCAGCCGCUCAACUCAGCCAUGCCCCCUGUGAAGCGCGAGUGCCUCGUAACCUCACCGUCUCUGACGCAUUCCCACCCGCACACGGCCCUGACCCUCAGCCCACACCCCUGCCUCUGCACCGCCGACCACUGCUUCUCCAGCUACUACGUCCACAUCGCCCACCCGACACACACUGGAACGACGUCGGCGAACCUGGCCUCGCGACCUCUGAACUUUGCCCCCUCCGGUCUGUGCCCUAAUCGGAUGAGCGGCUCCAAGCUGCUGGGUCCGCGGGUGUCCCACGGCUCGGGGCUGGCCCACCCAGCCUACUGCAACUCGGUGGCUUCGCCCUGUUACGGCGACGCCUGCGGGAUCGGCGGCUACACCUACAGAGCCAUGCCUCCUGUCGCCAGCAGGGGUUGUUCUUUCAGCACAGGAUGCACUGGAUGCACACACAGCAUCAAAACAGAGGGUUACUCCUCCCCUCAGGGUGACCACAGCCCCUCCCUCCUGGUUCCCCCCUCCCUGCCCAUCUCCAGCUGCCCUCUAUCCAGUGUGCCCACUUCCACCCAGACUCAACCCCACCUGCUGACCCCCCUGUCGGGGCGCGACCAGCCCCAGGCCAGGUUAAAGCUGGCCACGGAGUGCCCGCAGAGCAUUGAGCCCUCCAACGGCUCCCUGUCCAUGGGCCGCACGCGGCUGCCCCAGAAACAGCCGUCGCCCUUGCCAAGCCUCAGCAGCACCAAACAAAAGAGAGUCAGCCGCAGACGCGCCACCAACGGCUGGCGGCCUGUUGGAAUGCCCACGGAGAGGGAUGUCUUUAUCGCGGGAGAGGAUGAGACGGCCCUGCGGCAGUGUUAUGAAGGAGUGGAGAGGGACGGGGAAGUGAUACAUGUCAGAGACACUGUGCUGCUACGAUCGGGCCCCAGGAAGAAAUCCCUCCCAUAUGUCGCCAAGAUAUCAUCGCUGUGGGAGGACCCCAAAACAGGAGAGCUGAUGAUGAGUCUUUUCUGGUAUUACCGACCUGAGCACACACAGGGAGGCCGAGAUCCCAGCACACACUGUGAGAAUGAGAUUUUCGCCUCUCGGCAUCAGGAUGAAAAUAGUGUGGCCUGCAUAGAAGACAGAUGCUACGUUCUCCCACUAGCCCAGUACUGUAGAUUUUGUGCCUUGGUGAAGCGGCGUGCCGAAGGCUCCCCACCCGGCAACGCCAGCAUGGUGCCCUGCCGCCCCGACUUCGCCCCCCCUUCCCACCGCUGUGUGCCCACAGACGUCGACCCCGAGCUGGUGUACCUCUGCCGGCACGUCUACGACUUCCGCUUCGGACGCAUCCUGAAGAACCUGCAGUAGAGGGUACACCCAUGAAUUAAUCAUAACAUGGCUCCCCCCUCCUGGCGGGGGGUGGGGAGGUUGCUGAAGGACUGAACACCCCCGUCUUUUCCUGCUGGGGACGUCACGAUCAGAGGGAAGGGGGGUGAUGGGGCGGGGUUGGUUUUGGAGAUGGACAGAUGAAGCAAAAAGUGUUUGACACGUUAUGAAGCACAGAUCCCUUUAGUUGACUACAGAGGGAUGUGAUAGAUGAAUCCAUCUCUGCAAGAGCACCAAUAUUUCCUGGUUUAGACAAGCGAGGAAUUCAUUCAUCAGCUUGGAUUUUUCAGCUUCCACAAUGCUCUACAUGGAGGCUUGUGUGCGUCCCCUCACCCCCCUCGCCUGCCAAGAAUGCUGAACACCAGGCUGAACUGGGCUACUGUCAGGACGGCGUUUCCCCCAAAGCAUCUUAGCACAACAAUCAUGUUUGUUCCAUUUGUAAGCCAAUGGCUCAGGAAUGGUCCGUCGCUAAGGUGCUUCCGGGGGAACACAAGCCUGCGUUGUCAGCUCGAUGUUAACGGUGUUCAACCAGCCGGGGCGAAGGAGCAGCUAAUGGAGAGUGUCGUCUUGUUUCUCCUGAUUUGAGUUUGUCUCCGUUUGUGUGUGUGUGUGUGUGUGUGUGUGUGUGUGAAAGAGAGAGUGGAAGAGCGAGUGUUGUCAGUGUGGAUAAAUGGAUAAAUGUGGGUAUGUGUGAUGGUUUUUUAGGAGGCUUUCAGGCAAUCAAACCAAACAAGCAGCUUUAGAGGAAGCGGAGCUCUCUCUCUCUCUCUCCCCGUCCUCUCUCCUGUGUGCCACAGCGCACCGACACUGACAGAAACAUUUUCAUCUCGAGCGAUGCUCUGCGCAAACUAAAAUACUGUACCUGAAGGGGGUUUGUGAGAUAGAUUUUUUUCUUACCAUACUCGUCUCUAGAGCAGCAGGGCUUCUAUCACUUUACCACUAAAAAUGGCUCUAAACUGAUUUUAUUAGCGAAAACACACAUUUUCAAACCAACUCUCAUCUCAGCCUGGCUCUGGAGAGGCUCUUCUUAAACGGUCCAAUAGAGAGAGCCCUUACUGAGGAGUUGAGUCACUCCUGAGCCCUGUGAAGGCUUAUCAAGACGUCGCUUUUUUGAUUGUUUUUCCUCAUAUUUCUUCACCUUAGCUGUUCCCUGUGACUUGCCUUAUGACUUGCAGGUAGAGCUUUAGGCAGCUAGUCUCACCACGUACAACUAGGAAGUGGUAGAACAGGUGUACUGUAAUCCCAAGAAUAAGAUUGACUGACUGACUCAAAGCUAUGACAUGAUCACUGGACAAAAUGCACCAGUUUAGAGCUGCAACCAAGGAUUAUUUUAAUCAUCGUUUUGUCAAUUAAGUGUCACAAAAUAAUGAAAUGACGCUGUAUAUUUUCCUCACAGCCCGAUGUGACUUCUUCAGUUAUCUUGUUUUGUUCAACCAACACCCAAUGAUAUUCAGUUCAGGGCUGCAACUAUAACGAUUAUUUUCAUUUAGAAUCUGUUGAUUAUAUUCUCGAUAAAUCAAUUAGUUGUUUGGUCUAUGAAAUGUAAGAAAAUGGUGAAAAAUGUCAAUCUGUGUUUCCCAAAGCCCAAGAUGACGUCCUCAAAUGUCUU